GUAUCCGUCUCAGAAGUCUGCAGACAGUGCAGCGCGCGCUGAAGCAAAUCUCGCGAGAAGUCGAUUUGCUCCGCAACUUGGCUAUCAGUCGUUCGUUCCUCCAUUUCGCUGCGUCGAAAGUCUCCUCCCCGCAACCGCUAGAUUCAGCGAUCCCGAAACCAGUCUCUCUCGGACCGUUCUUUAACUUGAUACUACGAUCCUGCCAGUACCUCAUUGGGUACCGAGAGGCAGUUUGGAACCCACUCGUCACGGAUUGAGUACGAUUUGAAGCGGAUGGUGACUCCUUUAGCGAGAAUUUAGUAAAAGAAAAGUGCUCGGAAAUUUCAGAUGCAGUGGUACUCCUGAUUUCAGCAUCCUGGAAGUGGAAAUCACAGAACAGACUGGUCCUUCAUCACAUACAGGUUUACUGUGUGGCAGCGGCAGUUCUGAAGCAGGACAGUCUGGGGAAGAGGCGGUGCAACAACGCACCUGUCCGGCAGUGGCUGUGCUGGGUGGCACCUCCGUGGCUGCGCAGAAUGUGGCCGGGCCACCCCAGCAUGCCCUGCAGCCAGUCGCAGCUGCCCCUCUAUCACCAUCAACGGCUGACAUUUCCACUGGAUCACAGCAGCAGAAAGGAGACUCAAAGGCCGCAAAUAAAAAACAGACCAUUGCUGAUACUCAAAGAAAUAGCAGCACCAAGAAACCAGAGGAUAUAUCAACUUUGCAUCACAAAAAAGAAGCUGUGCAAAGAGGACUGGUGUCAGCUUCCGUUGAAACCUUACAAAAGCUUACGAACACAUCGGAGGAUCAGACUCCCACAGACAGACUUUUUGAGAGUGGGGCGGAUACCAUUACAAAAAAACAAGUUUUGCUUUACGGGUGUAAGACAAGCCUUGCACAUAUGGAGGCCGAUAGGGCGGAGCAAUCCACCACAGGCCACUGCCAGGAUUGGAGUCAACACCCUGGAGAUUCAGGGGCUUUCUCUUCCCCUAAUGAGACUGACAAGGGAUCCUUGCCAUCAGAGACAAUCAAGCCCAAUUUCCAGGAGAAAACAUCUGGAAAGCACACACCUGGAGAUAGCACUCAUGCCCCAAGCAUUGAAGUCAUCCCAGCCGUUUCAAGUGCAGUUAAUCAACACAGAGACAUUGUGCAGUCUCAAACAACUCCCUAUUUUCAGACAAAUCAGAUCGUCCGGUCAUCCGAGUUUACCGUCCCACAGGGUGAAAAUACAACAAAAUCAGAGAACCAAGCUAGUGCACAAAAUGACUCUAAGAAGCCUAUGGAAAACAUCACGCAAGACCUACCUAACACAAAGGAAGGUGGCGUUAGUACAGCUACAAAAGCAGCAGAUGGAAAAACACAAGGAUUUAGUGGAAGUUCUCUCUGUUCAGCAUACACAUCAUCAAAACAAGGAGGACCUUACUCUGAAGAGCACAUUACCCCUGACAAGGGAAACCGCAUGUCAGACGUCUCGGAUGAGGACUACAGUAACAGAAAGCAGGAGUCUGAACUCGCAGCUGCUACUCAAAGAUCAACCCUUCCAAAUGCAAGCCCACUUCAUGAACAGACUGUCUUGCCUGCCCCAUCUGAAAAUACUCAGUGUGCACAAAAGCUUAUCCCGUUGUGUAAAACCCCUCAAAUUUUAGGUAAUGCGAUAAGUGCAGGGAAAGGACAAUGCAACGAGAACCUCCCUGUAGAUGGAGAGCUGUGUUCUAACUUGGCUGCUAAGGAAGUAUUUCAUGACAUUUCUAUUGAUGAACCAAAGCUGUCUGGGGAUGGGGCAUGCACUGGCCAUGUACAAGUCCCUAUAGUGAAUGAAAGGUCACCGGUCCUGGCUUGUGGCUCAUCAGAUAUGGUUUUCAAACAGAAUGACAGUGCCAAACAUUUAGAAAUAUCCAUGUCCUCAACUCGCCAACAGGACGGGAGCAUUCUGCUCACACACACAGCGAACUGUGUGGCGUUAGAGGGCCUAGAAUCAGAUCAGUCAAAUCUGUCUGAGGCCAGCAUUGACUGUGUGGUCCAACAAGUACAACAGUGCAUUCCUGCAGAGCAUAAACUUUCACAGAUACAGAUAUGCUUAAACGAAACGGCAGAAGUUGUGAAUGUGGAGGAGAGACAGCAAGAGGGGGCCGAGGUUCUGUCCGAAAUAAAUGCUGUUGAGAUGAAAGAUUUGAUUGAUGUAGGAAUUUUAAUGCAGCCAGAUAUGGAGGAUACCUGGCUGGUUGUAAGUGAAAUAGAUGGCCAGUGUGAGGGCACCGAGGAGGUGCUGGAGGCCAGCACGGAGUCUCUGGUGCAGUGCACUGAAUCCCAGUCAGCUGUUGCUGUAUAUGAAUGCACUGUGCCCUGCUUUACCUCAGCUGCCAUACAUGGUGACGUUAAGCUGCUGCUACCUGAAAAUGAAGAGGAAGAACAAGCUCCUGAACCAAUGGAAACAUUGGUGCAAGAGUUCACAACUCAAUUCUCACAAAUUCAUAGUAAUAUAGACACUCAAAGCUCAUCUAAUCCUAAUACUCUACAACUCACAGAAGAGUUAACCAUCAUGGCAUCCGCGCAAACAGAAGGAUCUGUAAUUAUAAAGCAAAGUGAUACACACCCCCAUGAACUUGCAAAGACACCAACAGGGUUGACGUCCACUCUAAUGGGCAAUACACUUGGGUCUAUGCGAGAUCAACAAGAGACUGUUGUGGUAAUGGAAAAUACACAAGAUGCGUCAUUAGUUUCAUUGCCUUGUGGCACAAUUGAUCCCAAGAUACUUAUCCUAAAAAAGGGUGAAAACCCUGUCCUUAAACACCCUUCUUCCCUGUCUGCUAGAGGAUCAACCAAGCAGAACUCACCUGUCCAUUCCGGAAACCCCAUUGAGUCAUUUAAAGCUUCGGAGUGCCUUGUUAAAACUGAUGCAACUGAAGACACUUUGCAUGAUAACACCUCCACCACAAAAGAGGAUGUCACAUUACCUAGAGACUUGAUCACACCAUCGCAGUCCUCUCAGACGGUUUCAACUUCUAAUGUACUGUUGCAGCAAAACUCAACUAGUUCUCAGUGGUCUGACAGGAAUCUUCCAAAUGAAUCCACUGCUAACACCUUAUCACAAAGCCUUCUUCCUUUGUCUUCUGGGGAUGAGUGGGGUACUGUAUCCAAUGUUAUGCCACAGAAUAGGUCUAAACAGUCUCUUGCCAGCACACCUUGUCAAGAUGCGAUGUCUUUGGGAGGUGAACUGGAACUGGAGCAGUCACCAGAUGAACGCUUGUCAACAACCCAGCACAGCAUAUUGGAGCCACUUGAUGCUUCCAUAGAUGAAAGCAGUGAUGGAGAGGCAGACAGUUCAAUGGAGGUUCAGAAUGAUGACAGCAACGCUAUGCCCAGUCCAGCACCUAAUAAGCAUGGGCAGAGCAGGACAGGCAGACAAGGGAUUUUAUUGAAGGUUUGCCAGUGGAUUGCAGGCAAGGUCGCAUCAGGCUCAACCCCUUCCACCUCCCCUGUUCCUUGUCCGUCUCCUUCAUCUAGUGACUGGAUACGUUCCCACUCGGAUAGAGCCUCACCUGUGCGAAGCUCUUAUGGCAAAAACACACCCUCCACUUCCUCCCAGGGUUCUGGUGGCGGAUCUCAGUCAGAGCAAACCAACACCCCAAAAUCUCGCUCAGAGAAGCAUACAGAUAUGGCAGAACUGGCAAAACAUGAAGCAGAAAUAGAACAUCGCACUCUUGCACUAAAACGUGAAGGUUACUGGUCCCUUAAGCGCCUGUCUCGCAUACCAGAACCAGUACGACCCAAAGUCCAUUGGGAUUACCUGUGUGAGGAAAUGCAGUGGCUUUCUGCAGACUUUGCUCAAGAAAGACGAUGGAAAAGAGGAGUAGCUCGAAAAGUAGUACGGAUGGUGAUGCGCCAUCAUGAGGAGCUUAGACAGAAGGAAGAGCGAGCGAAGCGUGAAGAGCAAGCCAAGCUAAGGAGAGUUGCUUCUUCCAUUGCCAAGGAGGUCAAAGCUUUCUGGAACAACGUUGAGAAGGUGGUCCAGUAUAAACAACAAUCCAGACUGGAGGAGAAGCGGAAGAAGGCUCUAGAUCUCCAGCUGGAUUUUAUUGUGGGUCAGACUGAGCGUUACUCUGAUUUGUUAAGUCAGUCGCUGCACGCCGAUCCAGCACACAGUUCAGACAUCAUUGCUCCAUCCAAGCAAUCACAGCAGAAUACUGUUGAUGAGGAUGAUAGAGACUUUGAGCCACCGUGUGAAGAGGAGGAUGAUGAAGAGACUAUAGAGGUGGAGGAGCAGCAAGAGGGAAAUGAUGCAGAGACACAGAGGAGAGAGAUAGAGUUACUGAGACAGGAGGGCACUCUGCCUCUGGACCAGCUGCUUAGUACCUUAACUAUGCCCCAGGAUGUUGAGUCAGAACAUGAACCCUCAGAUGCUACCUCUUCCACAGUUGAGGAUGAAGACAAAGAAUUCAGUGCUAAUGAAGAAGAUGCGGAAGAUGAAGAGGACACCAUUGCAGCUCAGGAAAUCAUUGAAGGAGAUGGAGAUCAUGCAGACGAACUUGAUGACCUUAAUAGAGAGGGGGAGAUGAGCAUGGAAGAGCUCCUAGAAAAAUACAGAGGAGCGUAUGCCUCUGAUUUUGAGGAACCCUCAGCUUCCGCAUCUCCAGACUCCUCAGAAGAAUCAGAGGGCACUGAAGAGGAGGCAGAUGAAGAGACAGAAGGAGAGGACAGUAUUGAUGAGAGCAGCUCAUCCUCAGAUUCCCAAGAGGCUGUAGAUAGUGAUGAAGAUGUUGAAGAGGAUACGGAUGUGGGUAGUGAAGAGGAUGAGGAGGAGGAUGGUGACGACGAUGAGGAUGUAGGUGAGGGAAUGGAGGUUCUUCUGCGAGAGGGAGAUCAUAGUCCCCCUGUUCCUACUUCUCCUCGACCCAAGAAAGAGAUCAGUCACAUUGCUGCUACCGCGGAGAGUCUUCAACCCAAAGGAUACACACUGGCAACAACAAAGGUCAAAACACCAAUUCCUUUCCUGCUUCAUGGUACAUUGCGUGAGUACCAGCACAUUGGACUGGACUGGUUGGUUACCAUGAAUGAGAAGAAACUUAAUGGCAUUCUUGCCGAUGAAAUGGGACUUGGCAAAACCAUCCAGACUAUUGCACUGUUGGCUCAUCUAGCUUGUGUAAAGGGCAAUUGGGGUCCACAUCUGAUCAUUGUACCCACCAGUGUAAUGCUCAACUGGGAGAUGGAGUUGAAACGUUGGUGCCCAGGAUUCAAAAUUCUCACCUAUUAUGGUAGCCAGAAGGAGCGCAAACUCAAGAGACAGGGCUGGACCAAACCCAAUGCUUUCCACGUCUGCAUCACCUCAUAUAAGCUUGUGCUGCAAGAUCAUCAGGCUUUUCGGCGUAAAUCCUGGAGGUACCUUAUUCUGGAUGAAGCCCAGAAUAUUAAGAACUUUAAGUCUCAGCGCUGGCAAAGUCUGCUCAACUUCAACAGUCAGAGGCGGUUGUUGCUCACAGGUACCCCUCUCCAAAACAGUCUAAUGGAGCUGUGGUCUCUUAUGCACUUUCUCAUGCCGCACGUUUUCCAGUCCCAUCGUGAAUUUAAAGAGUGGUUCUCCAACCCACUCACUGGCAUGAUUGAAGGGAGCCAGGAGUACAACGAGGGCUUAAUCAAACGGCUUCACAAGGUGUUAAGACCCUUUCUGCUGCGCCGAAUCAAAGUAGAUGUGGAAAAGCAAAUGCCCAAAAAGUAUGAGCAUGUGGUGCGGUGUCGACUCUCCAAAAGACAGCGUUUUCUCUACGAUGACUUUAUGGCACAGGCCUCGACACGAGAGACUUUGGCCAGCGGCCAUUUUAUGUCUGUGAUCAACAUCCUGAUGCAGCUGCGGAAAGUGUGUAAUCACCCCAACCUGUUUGAUCCGAGACCCAUACACUCUCCCUUUAUCACAAAACUCAUCGUCUAUUCUACUGCCUCACUGGUUCAGCGGGCUCUUGAGACCUCACCUUUUGAGCGCUGUGAUUUGUCCUUGUUUGACCUCGUUGGUCUGGAGCAACGUGUAUCUCGAUACCAAGCAGAUGUUUUCCUGCCUCAGAGAAAAGUGACACGUCAGCUUAUUCAGGAAAUCAUGGAGUCCCCUGAUCCUCCUCCCAGACCAAAGCCUGUUCGCAUGAAGGUCAACAGAAUGCUCCAGCCACUUCCUAAGUCUGAUGGGCGUUCAGCAGGAAAUACUCCACGACCCUCGUGCCCAACCACCACCACUGUUGCUCAGGCACCAAAGCCUCCCCUAAUCACAGAGGUUGCCCCUUCUAAGGCUACUUCCCAGCCAGCAGCUCCAGUUUGUCCUGUUUCUCCUGUCACUGCUCCAAAAGCCCCAGUGGCUCCAAGCAGCACCCCUUCUGUAACUGCAGUCAGGCCUCCAGCACCUCAUCCAGUGACUAUACGCGCCUCGGCCCCCACUAGCAUCCCAGCUGUGACCACUCCCACUCAACCAUCCAGCAACCUCAUGACUCAAAGAGUUCUGCUCAGCCCAGAUAUGCAAGCUCGGUUGCCAUCUGGGGAGGUGGUGAGUAUUGCUCAGCUAGCCUCUCUUGCUGGCCGGCCUGUGUCAUCAUCUCAGGGCAGUAAACCAGUCACCUUCCAGCUUCAGGGCAACAAGCUCACACUCUCUGGGACUCAGCUACACCAAGUCCCUGUGCCUCAAUCACGCCCCAUCCAAGGAAAUGUAAUGCAUCUGGUUUCCAGUAGUGGGCAGCACCACCUUAUUAGUCAGCCAGCUCAGGUGGCAGUUCUUCACACAGUUAGUCAGUCAGUUAGCAGCUCAGCAAUUCCUCACCCAAGCAGCACAACCCCAACCUGCUCUGGACUAGCAGUACCUUUCACCGCUACUCAAGUUCCAACAUCUAUGAUAAGUGGGCCUGGAAUUGUAAAGAUUGUUGUUCGCCAGUCAGCAAGUAAAGAGCCCAGUUUAGUCCCCACUUUGGCUGUGCCUCCUUCUCCUCGUCCUGCCGGUCCUCGCCCUGCUCCUCCUCAAUCGAUUACCCUGCAUCCUCAUGGCACACCAAACCCAGUUCUCAGAGCACCCGCUUCAUCACAGCCUCCACCCCGGCCUCCAGUUUAUGCUGCUCCACCCCGAACUGUUGCUUCAUCCCAGACUCCGCCCCCUCGGCCUGUGUUAAGAGUGAUACAGGCACCAACACCAAAUCCAGAACCAGUAGCAAAGGUAAAUUCAUCUUCAGGGCGUGAAGACACGCAUAGUGAAGUAGUUACUUUGCGUAUGAGCGCUCCCAAGCCAGCAUCUUCGUCUCAGAGCAGCGUAUCAACAUCCCAGCGCCCCCGCAUUCAGCCUCUGCCACCCCCACCACGAUCUCCUUUCUAUAUGUCAUGGCUCGCAGACAGUCGUAAGGGUCAAAGAGAUGACACAAUCUCUCGAAUCAUUCGCAUCAACGAGCUACACUCCAGUGCUAAGCCUGUGUAUGGCCGUGAGGUGUUGGACUUCCUAACCUUCCUCCCAGGACUUCAACCACUCCCAGCACGUCCUGUUCUAGGCAGGUGGAGUUACUCGGGGUACAGCUCCUGCCUCACUGCCCAAUCACAGCAUACUCAUAGCUUCCUGGAAAAGAGCGAAGCCCUGAAAGAAGUCAUCCACAACUCAGAAGAAAGGCUUCAACUUCUCAAAGAAGUUAUAGAAAGGUUUACUUUUGUUAUCCCUCCAGUGGAGGCGAAACCUAUAACAAUGCACAGCUGCCACCCACCUCCCUCUCUCAGACAUCAGCAAACCCACUUAUCUUCGACUCUAUCUGCCCGUCUCUCUCCGCUUACUCGCAAUCUGCAUCGCAUCCAGUGUAACAUGAGGACACAUUUUCCUGACUUGAGGCUUAUUCAGUAUGAUUGUGGUAAACUGCAGACACUCCACCUUUUACUUAGAACGUUGAAGGGAGGAGGGCACAGAGUCCUCAUCUUCACUCAGAUGACACGCAUGUUGGAUAUCCUUGAGCAGUUCCUUAACUACCAUGGGCACAUCUACCUACGGUUGGACGGGAGCACGCGCGUUGAGCAGAGACAAGCUCUGAUGGAACGGUUCAAUGCAGACCGCCGCAUAUUCUGCUUCAUCCUAUCCACUCGCAGUGGAGGUGUGGGUGUUAACCUGACUGGGGCAGAUACAGUUGUGUUCUAUGACAGUGAUUGGAAUCCAACCAUGGAUGCCCAAGCUCAAGACAGGUGCCACAGAAUUGGACAGACAAGAGAUGUCCACAUCUACAGGCUAAUCAGUGAGCGUACAGUUGAAGAAAAUAUUUUGAAAAAGGCCAAUCAAAAGAGGAUGUUGGGGGAUAUGGCUAUUGAAGGUGGAAACUUCACCACCGCCUUUUUCAAGCAGCAAACUAUUAGAGAGUUGUUUGAUUUGUCAGAAGGAGAGAGGAAAGAUGCUGAGUCAAGUGUGCCUCAGUCAGAAGAUGAGGAGUCCAUCAAUAAACAACAAACCACAAUUUUGGAACAGGCCCUUUGUCGUGCAGAGGAUGAAGAGGAUAUAGUGGCUGCAUCUCAGGCUAAGGCUGAGCAGGUGGCUGAGCUUGCAGAGUUUAAUGAGAACAUCCCUCUCGAAGAUGGUGACAGCAGAGACCAGGAAGAGGAGGAGCUCUCCAAGGCAGAGCAGGAAAUUGCUGCUCUUGUUGAACAGCUCACUCCAAUAGAACGGUAUGCCAUGAAUUUCCUUGAGGCCUCCCUUGAAGACAUUUGCAAGGAGGAGUUGAAGCAAGCAGAGGAACAGGUUGAGGCUGCAAGAAAAGGUUUGGAUCAGGCAAAGGAAGAAGGUCUGAAACUGCAUCAGUCAUCUGACAGUGAUGAUGAUUCUAUAACUCACAGUAAUGAGGAACCAACUCCUGCACGCCGACCUCGAAAACACAAAGAAAAGGGUGCUCCUUCAACAAGGGUCAGUGGCAGGCUUAGAGGGACACCUGCUGAUGAUAUAUCCUUAUCAAGGCUAUCUCCAGAUAGGGAGAGAGGCAGGAGGGGGGCAUUAAUGAACUCUACACCUCAACAAAGAGAAGUACCUGACAAAGGCAAGAGUCUGCGAGGGCGAGGGGCAACCAAAGAAUCUCUGUCACCCACGUCAUCAGAAAACCAGAAACUCCAAACCAACCAGCAGUUUUCAGAUUCAGCUACUGUUUCCCCUACUCUGCAGUGUUCUGACCCAAAAAGCAUAUAUGUGCCAUCCCCCCACCAACAGGCCAACUCCCCAUUAAGCUCAGUGCCUUCAACCCCUGCAUCUUCUGCAAUAGACAGAAGCUCUGGUGGGCAUCAGUCCUUAUUAUUGGCUGUUAACAAAGAGGACAAUGAAGAGCAUAUGGCAGAGGCACUAUCUGAUACUGUGCAGCAUAGCAAGAGAGAUAGAACAGUAUCUGCAUCAUCAGACUCUAUCUGUUCUCCUGAGCAUCAGUCUGAACAGGAUGGUCAGCUGUCCCUUUCUCCUACUAUGACAUCACCUAACUCUCGCUCACCACGAAAGCGGCAAUCAGCUGAAAGAGAGAUUCUCAAGGGCCUACCAGAAGAUUCUCCAUCAGCCAAGGUUCUUCGAAAGCUACCAGGUCGCCUUGUCACUGUGGUGGAAGAUAAAGAGCCAAGGCGGAGAAGGCGCGGCGCUAGUGGAAGUGGCGGAGCACAGACUGAGGGUUCAUCGGAGGAGACCGAACAGGCAGAGCUAGUACAAGAGACAGCUUCUCACUCUUCUGAAGCAGUUGGUCAAACUUCUAAGGACUCUAUUUCCAAAUCAACACCAACAUCCUUGGCUUCCUCCCCACCACCACGUGAGCAUGAUCAGGUCUCCUCUUCAUCACAGUCUAGUCCAGGGAAAGGCCACCCCCCGUAUUCUCCAACACACCAUUCACCAGACAUGCCUGUCCUGCGAAACCUACCUGUACGACGGCAGCUGGAAAUAGAGUCUCGAAUGGCUGCACAGUUAGGAGAACAGUUUGUUGGAAGAGGUCGUGGGUUAGGAUGGAGAUCUGCCUUGUCACCCAAAAAACAAAAAGCUAAUUCCGAUAGGGAUAGUGCAGCAAACUGUCCUGCUCCAAGUGACUCAAAUGUGAAUAAUCCUGUACCACUGAAACGCAAAAGGGGCCGACCUCCUAAAAUACCACAAAGGGGUCCAGACUUGCCACAACAAAAGAUACCUGUAACCCAGAAAACAAGUCCUGAACAGAGUCCCCCUGUCUCACCAAAACGUAAAAGAGGUCGUCCCCGUAAAGAUUCCACAACAAGUACAGCUAUAACUUGUAUUGUGGGACAACAAGAACAAUUACCUACAAGCUCAUCUCCAUCUACUACUACUGUGGGAAUUCUUUUAUCCCAAGAGCCUAAUUUGCCAGUGUCAAAUGCUAUGCCUGUGACUUUGCCCACUGUAAGCCAAACUCCAUCCACAAACUCUCCUACAGUCAACCCCACUUCACCCUCAAAUGUUGCUUUAUCAUCUGAACCAGAUUUACAAACAAACCAGACCACUACAUCUGUUUUAUCAUCUUCCAUGCAUGGGGACUCUCUAAAUAAGUCUUCGUCAGAACUCUCACAUGGUGGUACCAGACACGCCAGUUCGAACCCCAUAACUGCAUGCACAGAUUCUCAAACAAGUACACACCAGACUCAAUCACACAGCACUUCUACAGCAUGUGUCUCCCCAAAACAGACCAACACAACUUUGCUUCCUACACUACAACUUCCUAGUGAUCUCACAGAACCUUCAGCUAAUACAAUUUCUAUCCAAGCCCAACAGCAUACCUUUACACCUGUCCUUGAUCAGAGCAGUGAAAUCGCAGUUUCUUCAGAACCUUUGACUGAUGUAGAAACUAAAGUAAAUACACUCACCACUAAUGAGAGCAUAGACUCAAAUAUGCAGAUUGAGACGACUUCACAAUCCUUCGAUGAAGUGUCUCUUCAACCUUUGACUGUGACAGGCAUAGAUAUAGAAACUGAAGUAAAUUCACUCACCACUAAUGAGAGCAAAGACUCAAAUAUGCAGAUUGAGACGACUUCACAGCCCUUAGACAAAGUGUCUCUUCAACCUUUGACUGUCACAGGCAUAGAUGUAGAAACUGAAGUAAAUUCACUCACCACUAAUGAGAGCAAAGACUCAAAUAUGCAGAUUGAGAUGACUUCACAACCCUUAGACAAAGUGUCAACUUUGACUGUCACAGGCAUAGAUUUAGAAACUGAAGUAAAUUCACUCACCACUAAUGAGAGCAAGGACUCAAAUAUGGAGAUUGAGACGACUUCACAACCCUUAGACAAAGUGUCUCUUCAACCUUUGACUGUCACAGGCAUAGAUUUAGAAACUGAAGUAAAUUCACUCACCACCAAUGAGAGCAUAGACUCAAAUACAGAGAUUGAGACCACUUCACAACCCUUAGACAAAAUGUCUCUCCAUUCCUCUGUAGAGCACAUUUGUGAUACAGAUUUACCUUCUACUUCCCCAAAUCAGUCAUCUAGCCAACAUUUAUCUGUACCUUCUUUGACUUCUGUAACUGAGCUAGAAUCUGAAUCGGAACCUGUUGUUACACCUACUGUGUCAACAGAUGUCCAACUGACCAUCCCUAUGUCUGAUCAAACAUCUGUUUCCCCCUCACAAUCUCAGACCACACCCAUCCAAACAGCUGUACAUUGUACACAUUCUUCACUUGCACCAAACCAAAUUCCCUCCACUCCUAAUCCAACAACAGCAGAUUCUUUGUCCACAUCCAACUAUAAAGAUACAGAUUCUUCUCAACCCCAAGACAUGCCAGCUAAGAGCAUGGAUAAAAAUCAAGAAGACCAAAACCCACCAAAUCCGGAGGCAGUUGAGAAAACAGAAGAAAUUGAAAUUGACAGUGUUGGUGAAGAUGAUACGGAAGAAAAAGACACCCUCUCAUCUCAGCCAAAAAGAAGGAAAAUUGAUAGUUUGCCAAAGGAACAGACACUCAAUGCCUCUGAACUGCCAGCAGCAAUCUUAGAUGUUGAGAUCCAUGAUGCUCCCAAGAAUGAUGGACCUGAGAAGCCAUCAGAAGAGGACAGUCAUAAAGAGGACAGAGAAACCAGAACUUUGGCUAAAAAACGAAACAUCAGUAGACAGAGCAGCCAGGAGUCAAUACGUUCCUCUUCCCCAUCUUCUGUAUCCUCCUGUGGUACGAGAUCAUCCAGGUCCAAAAAGAGUGGAGAGGGUAGAAGACCUGUGAAAAGGAAACGAGAAGAUACAAAGUCUGAAAAAGAGAAAAAAGAGGAGGUGUCUGCACAAAAACACCAGUCUAAAUCUUCAUCCUCCUCUUCAGACUCUGAGGACUCUAAUAGCAGAAACCGACGUCUAACAAGAUCAGCCCAAAGAAAGCUGGGUAAUGAUGAGAAGGUUGUUAGCAAUGAUAAGAGCAAUAAAAGACAAAGAGUUAGGUCAGAUAAGAAGGGUCAGAACACCAACACCACAGAUGGGGAGUCCAGUGGAGAAGCAAAUUCUAGAAAAACACGAAAAUCCACAAUUUCACAAUCCAACACUUCAACGUCCUCUGAACCUGAGGUACUGGGCAAACGCUGUUCGGCCCUUAAUGCUGCAGCCAAGCUUUUGGCAAUGAGAGGAAGAGGACCAGAUACACCUGGCCCCAGCCCUAAAAUGAAGGCUGCUGGACAGCAAAGUAAACAACAGCCUUCUGAAAAAAGCAGUAUGCCUAAAGCCAAAACUGGUCUGGAUUCUCCCAAGACAUGCAACAGUAAAGCAGGGACUGGCAGACAAACCCCCAAUCAGUCAACCGAAUCACCUCAGUCCUCUUCUGCUGCCCGAUCCACCCGGCAGCGGCCAGGCAGCCUCGUUCCUCCCUUGGAAUCUGAGAGAGUUAAAAAAGACGAGAAGAAAAAGACAUCUGAUUCCAAGGAAGAAUGUGAAGAGGAGACGAGAGAAACUAGGUCUUCAAGAGGCCAUAGUGCCUGCAGUAGCAUAAGCAGCGAAAGAAGACCAGGCAGCAGUAGAAGUCGAAGCAGCAGCAACAGCAGCCAGCGUACCCACAGUCUAAGUUCACAGAGUACGGAGCCUCCCCGCCUCCGUUCCAGAGCACCCUCUUCUGGUAGUGAUACAGAGAGAGGCAAAAGUAUUAAGAGGAAGAGUGAGGGAGGAAGAGGCAGAAAGAGCAGGCGAGAGAAGAGGCCUGAGAAACCUGAACUUCUUGCAGGAUCAAGUGAUGGGACUCCUGACAGGGUUCUCAGGAGUGUAGCUGCCCUGGCAGCAGCUCAGGCACGCCCUCCAGCUAACAACACACGCUCUUCAUCCACCCAAAACCGGCACUCCAAGACGUGAUGAGGAGAUGAGAAAUGUUCUUUAAAUGUAAACAGAGAAAGGAGAAUGGCCAGGUUUUAUGGAUUCAAGGAAAGGGGAUCAAUUUCAUUAAAGGCCAUAGUUUAGCUGUAUAAGAGAGACAGAAGAUCUUUUGCACAUUGGGAUUAGAUAUGACCUCGCCUUUGCCCUCUCAGCUAUUUUAAGUCAAGCCAUUUACAUUGUGGAAAGGGUCUAUAGAAGUGGGACAAUAAUGAUGAAGAAUUAGUCAUCUGUGACAAAUGUGUCCUAAUAAUUUGAGUUAUAAUGGGAUCUUUUACCCUACCACAGAGACUUUAAAACGUCAAAGUAGCUGGGCAAGAGGCAAGAUUUAUUAUUUGUUCACACUAUGUACUGUAAUCAUAAAGACUGGAAUACUAUGUGAAGUGUUGGAAGAUUGGUCACAUAGAUUGUACUCUUUUACAAAGCGUGCUGCAAACGGUAUUGAUGAGAAAGAGAUUCAUUAAUGCUACAUUUAAAUGAUUUAGUGGGAAUUGUACAAUUGUAAAGUUUUUAGACUGUUGCAUUCUGGAUAAUGUUUGUCAGCUGUUUGGCUAUUGUUUGUUUCAAGUCAGUUGAUAAAUUAAGAAAAUUAUAUAUCUUCCAGGGUAUGAAGAAGAGGGCAGGUCUAUAAAUGUUUUUUUUUUCUGUUUUUUUGGGGGGGUGGGGGCUGCACUAUGCUGGAGUUACUAUUUGCUUAGAUCACCUGUCUUGUGUAUUGUUUCAGUCCAUAACUUUUAAGUUCUUCUGCUGCCUGCUUUUCCAGUUUGCACAUGUAAAAUGUCCCAGUUUUUGGAGUGCAUAGGUGAUUUAGAUUAUUUUCCCCCAAGGACAUCAUCUUGUCAAUAGAUCUUUAUUGGUACCUCAUGCUGCAUUUUGUAAGCUCUAAUGUUGUAUCUCUUGAGCUUGUGAUAAAUCUUGAAAUUUGCUUGUCAUUUGCUUUACAGCAGUUCAGAAAUUGGAGACAUCCUGUUGCAAUUUUUCUUCACUUUUUCCCAGUGUUAGUCAUUUAUAAUCAUCUUUACACAUUAAAUUGUAUUGAGUUUGAUAAAAUGAGAGUGCCUGUUGAUCUACACAAGGAUCCAUGUUAACAUAUAAAAGUUUGGACAUCUGUAGCGCUUUAAGUGUACCGUUACCGUAAUGGAUGGCAUUUUUAUGAUGAAGGGUGGAAAAGUGUACGGUUUUCCACUUUUCAUCAUAAAAACGCAAUCUCUGUUCAAGUGCAACCAAAACCUAAAAUCAGUUCUCCAGUGAAAAUUGCUUCUGUCAGCUAUUUUUAUUUCUGGAGUAUUGGUCCUUUCUUUUUGGGGGACUGAUGCUGUGUAGGUAGGAGAGACUUUAAAAAACCUCUUUAAGAGGAAUAUCUUAUACUUUGCCACACAUUGGCAGUCAAGUGAGUUGUAAGCUGGCUUUCUUUACCCUUUUUGGACAGAGUCGUUUGGGGUAUUAGAAGAAUAUGGUGAUGGUCUUAUUUUCAUUUUGAUUUGUCUCUUCUAAUUUGUAACAUUCCUUAUGUUCCCUUGAAAUUCCACAUUGUUUUACUUGAAAGAUUGAAACAAAAGAGUUGAAUAAAAAGAUCAAAAAUGCACAAA